AUGGAGAGUAACAUUAAUAGCAUUACGUGCUCCGGCGAUCGGCCGACGGUGAUGGUGACCAACGACGACGGAAUUGAUGCCCCCGGCUUGCGUGCUCUCGUACGCGUCCUCGUCUCUUCAAAUCGCUUCAAAGUCCUCGUCUGUGCUCCUGACUCUGAAAAAUCUGCUGUUAGUCAUAGUGUCACUUGGAAAAAUGCUGUUUCUGCUACGCCAGUGGAAAUCAGUGGAGCAACUGCUUUUGCAGUUUCUGGAACUCCUGCUGACUGUACAUCUUUGGGAAUUUCCAAAGCUCUCUUCCCUUCAGUACCUGAUCUGGUAAUCAGUGGCAUUAAUAUGGGCAGCAACUGUGGUUAUCACGUUGUUUAUUCAGGGACAGUUGCUGGGGCACGGGAAGCAUUUUUUAAUGGUUUACCUUCCGUCUCUUUAUCAUAUGACUGGGCAGGAGGUAGGAGUAAUGCUGAUGAUUUUACACUGGCUGCUGAGGCUUGCUUACCCAUUAUUAUUGCCAUUUUGUCUGAAAUUAAGAGAGACACUUAUCCUCAAAACUGUUUUCUGAAUAUAGACGUGCCAACAGAUGUCCGCAAUCAUAAGGUGGUUCAACUGCUUAAUUCUCACCGUUAA